CUCCUUCCUUCACUCCACCCCUCAUUUUAACCUCCAUCUCCUCUGAGUUUUAGUGCUCUUCUUAAGGGGAACCAUCGGUGGAUCGCUUUCCUCUUCCUUUUAACCACUUUUCUCUUCCUUCUUCACUCCUACUUGGAUUCUUCUUCUGUAACUUGAUGUUUUCCUCUUGGGUUUUUCUGCUGUGUCUGUUUUCCUUCCUGCUGUAGUCAGUGUUGUAUAUAGUAGAUUCACAGCUCUCCUCUGCUAUGUGGUGGUGGCUGCUUGGGAUACUGAGCUGCUUGGUGUUGGCGGGGGUUGUUACCUUCUUCCUGGUCACCGGGAAACGCCACAAGGUGUUUAGUGAGAAGUGCCUGAGGCCGCCGGGACCCCUGGUCACUGAUAGCAAACAGAGGGAUGCCAGGCUGAAGACAGGGUUUCGAGUGGACCGCGUUCCUGCUGAUCUGGAUGCGGUGGUGAUUGGCAGCGGCGUGGGAGGUUUGACAGCAGCAGCGCUUUUAUCCAAAGCUGGGAAGAAGGUUGUUGUUCUUGAGCAACACGAUCAGGCUGGAGGCUGCACACACACCUUCGAGAAUAAGGGCUUUGAGUUUGAUGUGGGCAUCCAUUACCUGGGCCAGCUUCAUGAGAACGGCAUGUUAAAAAUUGCUUUGGAUCAGAUCACAGAGGGACAGUUGAUAUUCACAAAGCUGGAGAAGCACUUUGACACGCUGGUCCUGGGUCAGCCUGACCAGCGCAGAGAGUACCAUAUCCAUGCUGGGAAGACUGAGAUGGCAGCAAGCCUGAAGAAGCAGUUCCCAGGAGAAGAGGAGGCCAUUGAUGAGUUCAUGAGACUGAUGAAGCUAGCCUCUCGGAGGACGCCCCUCAUCGCCACCUUGAAGAUCGUUCCCUACUGGCUGGUGAACUUCCUCAUUAAGACUGGCCUCUUAGAUCGCAUAUCUUCAGUGUUUCUUCUAGCAACAACCAACCAUUCAGAACUAAUAUCCCGCCUCACGAAGAACAAGGACCUGCAGGCUCUUUCUGCCUACCUGUUCUAUGGUGUUCCUCCUAAAGAGUCCAGCUUUCUCAUCAAUGCUCUCCUCCUCCACCACUACAAGCGUGGUGCGUACUACCCACGAGGGGGCGCCAGUGAGUUUGCUUUUCACAUCAUCCCGGUUAUUCAGCAGUCAGGUGGUGCAGUGCUGGUCAGGGCUCCUGUACAACGCAUCCUCCUCAACCAGCAGGGGAAGGCCUGUGGUGUGACGGUGCUUAAAGGACAAGAAGAGAUUGAGGUCCGUGCCCCUGUUGUCAUUUCCAAUGCUGGAAUAUUCAACACCUUCCAGAAGUUUCUACCUCAGCAGAUACAGGACCAACCAGAGAUCCAGUCGUUGUUAGGUAUGGUACGUCAUGGAAUGGGUUCCUUCUUGGUGUUCGUUGGUUUGGAUGGAACCAAAGAGGAGCUGGGCAUUGUUUCCACCAACUUCUGGAUGUAUAAAGACAAUGACUUGGACGCACUUAUGGAAAAAUAUUCUUCUCUGAGCAAAGAGGAGGUAUUGGGGAACAUACCCAUGAUGUUCAUCACCUUCCCAUCUGCUAAGGACCCUACAUCCAGCAUCAGACACCCAGGGAAAUCCUGUAUGACUUUGCUAACUAUGGCUCGCUAUGAGUGGUUCGAGGAAUGGGAGGGGACGAAGCUUGGCAAGAGAGGACAGGAUUACGUGGACAUGAAAAACAGCAUGGCCCAGGAGCUGCUGGAGUGGGCGCUGACCAUCUUCCCUCAGCUACGAGACAAGGUGGUGAUGGUAGAUGCUGCCUCCCCUCUAACUAACGUGCACUAUCUGGGUGCUCCGAGAGGUGAGAUGUAUGGAGCUGAACACAACUUGGAGCGCUUCAGUCCGGAAGUGGUUGCUAAAACCCGACCGCAGACUCCGAUCGACGGCCUCUACCUAACAGGUCAGGACGUCUUCUGUAACGGCAUGGCUGGAGCUCUGCAUGGCGGGCUGCUCUGUGCAUCAGCUGUCCUCAAUCAGAUUCUCUACAUCGACCUUCUGGCCCUGAAGACCCGCCUCAAACACAAACGGACCAAUCCCACCCUGGGCUGGUAGCAGCAGGGACGAAUGCAUGUAAACUUCUCGGUGUUUUCUGCAUUUGAUUUUCUCACUUUCUCAGAUUUUUUCAGAAUGCCACACGUGUUGCAGAACUGUUAGUUGGACAAAGCGAGGUUUUUGGAUCGGCACUUGUAAUUAAUAUGUUCAUUUUAUGAUCCAAUAGUCGUAUUUAUUGUUGGUUGCCUUCUCCUUCACAACUCUUUGCUUUGCGAGUUACAGAAUAGUUCUAACAGCAGCGUCUCGAAUGGUUUCAUUUGUCCAAAUCCUACAAAACUGAUUUCACUGGUUACAAAUCCCAGAACAAAGUAUGAUCAGCCCCUUUAGCAAUAAUUGAGCAGAAUUCACUGAAAAACAUCAUUGUGCUCUCAGAUAGAUUUGUCUUUCAUUGGUCUGCAGAAAUAAUUGCAUAAGUGAUCGAUUAAUCAAAAGAAAUGGAAACCUGGGAACUCUAUUUUCAUUUUCUCACAUUAUGCAAUUUUGUAAAACAAUCUGAAGAUUUCACCUCAUGCCAGCUAACUACUAAAUUUUACUUUUGUAAGCAUAACUCAAUAGAGCCCCUAAUGAGCUUUAUUUCCGCCCAGAAUUUGAGCUGUGAAGAAAUACUUCAUAAUGAUGCUGGAGCUUUCAGUGAGCUGUAAUCAGUGGAAGCAGAUAAAGAAUCUCGUGCAACUGACAGCGUCUCCCGGCAUCCAGAGUUUACUGCUGAUUGUUUGGUUGUUGUUUAUAAUCUGAACACCAUGUUAAUCCUGUAAAAUCUUCCAAGUUUCCCUUUAAACGUGCAAACAAUGAGCUGUCAGUCGGCGUUGUUUGGUUAGUUGCUGUGUUUUAAAACACCAAGACAAAAGAAGACAAGGUUUCUGACAGGGAGGCUGAGUUUGUUCCAUCUUUGAAGUUUGAAAAUGUGAAGGCAGAAUGGAAGCCUCGGAGUCGUAGUGUUUUGUGUAAGUUUCACAAACUGGAGGAAGGAUGAGUGAUGAACUGUGUAGUUUGAAAGUGUGGAAAUGUUGUGGAAUGUGCUUCAUAAUUACAUAAAAGGCUCCAAAGUUUAAAAGGAAUUGUGUACUCUGACUCAGAUUGUGGAUUUUGUUGCUUUGAAUAACAGUUUUCAGCUGUUUAUGUUUAGAAUAAUCUUUAAAUUAUUGAUUAAACCCAACAAACCAAGAACUGAAUGAUGGAAAAGACACUGAAUGUGGUAAAAGAGCUGGUGUUGGAAAAGUUCCCCUUUAAACAAACGCAUCCUCUAGCCACAUUAUUAGGUACACACGUGCCUGUCAGCUUUAUUUUUUGACACUAAUUCAUUAAAUAAAUCAUGUUAACCCUGUAAAACCCACUGUUGCAAAAAUAUAUCAGCUUUAUAUUUCUUUCUAUAUUUGGGUUUUAAAGGGUUACGUCGAUUAUACAUAAAUAAAUAAGUUGUUUCUACUAAUAUUUCUGUGUAAUUUCAUAAGAAAUGUGUAAAUGUGACGUAUCUCAUGCCUGAACACUGGAUCUGAGUGAUCUUCAUGUAAGUAAAUAAAAUGAAAACAACUUUUUAAGCUGCA